CACACUCACAGAUAAUCAGAGCAGACAUCUCAGUCUUAGGUGCUAUAACACACUAAUACCUGAUUUCUAUGUAAAGUAAAGCACUCUUCUUAUCACCUGAUCAGCACAAUAAAUCAACAGCCCACGUUGAGAAUUUAUCAUUCAUCCGUCCCAGGAAGCAAGUUUUAAGGUGCAGUAUUGAUGAGCUGGAGGGGUCCUACUGUCUUCGCCGAAUCCUUAUAGAUCUGAGUCGCAUAACUGUUGCACAGUAACGCAUUCGUCCGAUACUUCCGGGCGUUAAUGGUCGGAAUACGGCAAUGGUGGAAGAGGAACUACGCGCAGAAGAUGUUACAAGUAUUGCCGAGAACGAUGAUAAACUCGGGGACAAGUAUAAAGAAGUGACUGGGAAUGAGGGGAUGGUCAAAGAAGUUUUAGCCAAUCCAGUAACGGUUCGAGGUCUAUUUGAGCAUAUCACCGCAAUCAUUAUUUAGCUUAAAAGCGAUGUCAGAACAGUCAAGAUUUUCUCAGGGAAGUAGAAUAUUCACACCUGGCAAACUUCUCCAGGUUCUCGCCAUCAAGUUAUAAUGGUGUUUCUAACCCCAGGGUACUAUUGUUGGUGGAUGAAUAGUACAAGAGUUAAGUAUAUUAAAGUGGACGCAAUGCCUUAGGUAGUUAUUUUUCUGUCUGUAUAUUUUCGCAUGAUAUUAGCGCAUAUCUGAUAUAGGAUUAACAUGAAUGGUAGACUUUCAUGCGGAGCUGGG